ACAAGAAUGGAGACUUUAAUAAGAGAUCUAAUAAUGGGGAAGGAGAGUCUGCCUAGCUGGGCCCAGCAGGACUCUGACGAGGGUCUGGUCCAUGUGAACGUCGGAGGUCUGAAGAGGAGCCUCUGUUCCAGCACGCUGAGGAAAUUCCCAGACACCAGAUUAGGAAAGCUGCUGGCAUGUGACUCAGAGGAGGCUAUACUGCAGGUGUGUGAUGACUACGACGUGCAGCAGAAGGAGUUUUACUUUGAUAGGAAUCCCGGCCUGUUUCCUUAUGUCCUCCACUUCUACCAGACCGGCAAACUUCACAUCAUGGAGGAGCUGUGCGUGUUCUCCUUCAGCCAGGAGAUCGAGUACUGGGGCAUCAAUGAGUUCUUCCUGGAUAGUUGCUGUAGUUACCGUUAUCACGACCGCAAGCUGGAGAGCAGCCGACAUCGCAGCUGGGACGACGAGAGCGAGGCCAGCAGUAUAGACACAUCUGUGGACGAGAUAUCGGACUUAAACAAAGACAUGCAGCACUUCCAGGAAGUGCGUUACGGGAACAUCAGGAAGUGUUUGUGGUUGACGCUGGAGAACCCUGGAUACUCCAUCCCCAGCAAGCUCUUCAGUCUGCUCUCCAUCGGAGUGGUGCUCACAUCCAUCGCCACCAUGUGCAUCAACAGCAUCCCGGAGUAUCAGACUUUUGAUUCGGAGGGAAAACUGAUGGAAGACGCGGCCAUGCAGGCCCUGGAGGUCUUCUGCUCCUGCUGGUUCACCUUCGAGGUCGUCACCCGGCUGCUGCUCGCACCAAACAGGAAGAAGUUCUUUCAUCACCCUCUGAACAUUAUUGACAUGGUGUCUGUGGUUCCCAUCUACAUCACGCUGGUCUUUGACACCAUGGUGGGCUCAGAGUCUGAACUGGGAAACCUGGGACGACUCAUACAGGUGUUCAGGUUAAUGAGGAUCUUCAGAGUUUUAAAGUUGGCCCGACACUCGACGGGCCUGCGGUCGCUGGGAGCGACACUCCGGCACAGUUACCGUGAGGUGGGCAUCCUGCUGCUCUACCUGGCUGUAGGUGUGUCUGUCUUCUCCGGUAUCGCUUACACUGCUGAAUAUGAAGAGGACGUGGGCCUGGACACCAUCCCGGCCUGCUGGUGGUGGGGGACGGUGAGCAUGACCACGGUGGGUUACGGGGACGUGGUACCCGUCACGGUAGUCGGGAAGCUGGCGGCAAGCGGUUGCAUCCUGGGCGGUACCCUGGUGGUGGCGCUGCCCAUCACCAUCAUCUUCAACAAGUUCUCCCACUUCUACCGCCGGCAGAAAGCUCUGGAGGCGUCGGUGAGAAACAACAACCGCAAGAAGAUGAGGAUGAGGAUGAGCUGUGAGAAUGUGCCAGAGGAGGAUGAAGAGGAUGAGGGAUCAAACGGGGACAGCUGCUGUCUGGACGAUGAUGAUAUUGAUGAUAUUGAAGAAGAUGAUAUCGAUUAUGAGGAUGAAGGUGGUGUAAUAAACUAUAGUUAUGUGGAGCAUCCAUCCUACACGACGAUAACGAGGAAGAAGGAGCUGCAUCAGCUGUGACGAAGAGCUGCUGAACGCUCAUGCAUGAUGUGUUCUUAUCAGUGAGGAAGGCCCAAAUGGAAGCAGAGGUUUUAUUCAUAUUCAAAUCUUCCAUCUGAAACAGGCCACAUGAAAUGUAGCGAUCUGUGGGCUUCAUGUUUGACCUUCUCUGAAAUCUCUUUGACCAUCAUGAGGAAGAAGAAGCUGGAAUCUGAUUAGAUUUUGGAAAA